CACUUCAUGUUGCCGGACAAUUUUAUACGUUACACCAACUAGUCACGCGCAUAAUUUUGCCAUUUACCUGGAACUAAGCAAGACGCGGGAAAUCGGGAAGGUAGCAGACGAUAGCAUAUGAUAUCAAGAAGUUUGUAGAGAAGGGUCAGAGCAACGGCUUACAAUCGGUUUAAUCUCGGAUGAGUUUGGGAAGUCACACUAUGCGGAUUAUGACCAUAAAGAUUCGUCAGCGGAUUUAUUAAACUAGACCACUGAUAUAUCCCGUUAAGUUUGUGGAUUGUUUAAACUAUAACAAUGUUUAAGGCAGCGCUGCAACCCGGUCUAUUCCAAAUUCAUUCCUAUCACACUUAUCACUGGAAACUAGUGAUUUUGAUGCUGUCAGUUACUUCAAUGAAGUCUAAGGUCGCGAUGGCUCAAGACAGCGGCUGCCUGUACAUAAUUCCAAUGCCACCACCAUUGCCAAACUUCCUGGACUUCGUCAUACAUCACCAAGACAACAAAGUCGCCAGCUUGAAGGAGGGAGGGACGAAAGACAACGCCUUAACGCGAGCCAUACAGACCAUUGAAAAAAACUGUGAUUGCAAUGCCACGACAAAAAAUAUGCAAACUGUAAAUCUCAUCCGAGAGUGUCCAAAAACAUUAUCAGCAAAUUGGUCGCUGGAUUAUAGCCAUUGUAAAACCGAAACAACGACAGUAAUGACGAGUACUCGGCCUACGACACCAAAGUCUUAUGAAACGACAUUGACGACUAGUAAAUACGCCACACCCCCUAGUAUUUCCACGACAAACUCUUCAUUGCCCGGGAUAGGCGAAGUUCACACUGCUGAUACCGACCAUAAUAGUAUCAUUAUAGCGGCCGUGGUGAUUCCACUGAUAGUGAUGUUGGGGAUGGCAGCGUUUAUCAUCUACAAGUACAAGAAUCGCGGCUGGUGCACGGAUUUUAGCUUGAAACCUAGCAAAAGAAAGGUGGUUUCAUUUGUGGAUGGUAGAAACAUGUGCUACCAAGCACGAGAAUCUGCACCACCCCCAAGUCAGACUAGCACAAAUGGAAAACUGCCGACAACAUUCCCAAGUGAGGGCACAGAGAAUCUUGGUAUGGAAACGGCAGAGUCACCAGUCUCCAUCAUACCGAUGGAAAAUCGUUUCUCAACCUUUGGCAGGCCAAAGUCACAAGCAGUUUCAGAAUACAGUGCGAGCAUAUCGUUAGAAGACCAGAGUCCUGACCACGUGCCAAUUCGAAAUGGAACAAACAAUAACAGGAAGCCGCGAAGCCUGUAUCUUGAUCUUGGCGCUCUGGGCACAUUACGCCCUGGCGACGACGACGAUAUACCCUAUAUGGACCAAUGCCCGACACCAUCACCCGGUCCAACACCAACUAGUCCCUCAGCUGGUUUCAACGCGGGAUUCUCCCGGGGAAUCAGUCGAGUCGAGCUGAUUUAGCAGGAAAGGGACGGUUAAAUUUCGACGGGACCAGUUGAUGCUGUUGUCAGACACUAAUGAAAAAGGUUGACUGUAUUAUUUGUCUUCCUGUUCUUGAGUCAGUUUGGAGGCAAAAUAAAAACCAUGAUA